UAUCCGUGCGUGCCUUGUUCACAACGUCGGAUCGAAAGAUGAUGGAAGUUCAUGUCCCUUUAUUUCAGCUUUGCUUGUUCUUGGCCGGUGUCAGGACGGUCUGGCUCGCUCCUGUUGCGACAGCCCCUGAGCUUACCGCCCCGGACAACCUGACCAUCUUCUGUAGGAAUGGAACCAACGUGGCGUAUUGGAACUACACUGAUCCUGGUGCUGUCUCCUUUCUGGUGAAGAUAUUGAGUUACACCAAAGGUGAGAUACCGGUACUCAUCACUGAAACGAAAGAGCACCAUAUCGACAUUUCCUCUGUUACCCCUGAUCAUAAGGAAGUGUACACGGUAUUCCUUGUUGCAAACAACGGGGCCGCUAAUUCACCUGAAACGAAGAGUCCAUUCACCUAUUCCGUCGAUUAUGACUUUUUACCUUGUUACAUGGACUUCCCGACUCCAACUUUUCAGGCUGAAGAAAACAGGAUAACAUUUAAGUUUGCUAAUCCUUCUUUUUAUGAAUAUUAUGAGUACGAAAAUGGAACUGACGAUGGGCCUGACGAGCUCCUUGCUGAUGAUACUCAGUCUUCAGACGAAAAGUUUGAAUAUAUCGUCUACACUUCACAUGAUGAGAAGGAGUCACGGUUUGAGUGCUCUGAAGAUGAAGAGAUCUGUGAAGGCGAGAUACCAGUAAACCUGGCAGCCAUUGACAACUGCACCUCUCUGGAACUGAGAGGAAACAUCGACGGCCUUGGCUACAGGACAUCUGAAGACUUCUGUAACCCGACUCCUCAAAAGGGUGCUUGGCCCAUUUUGCUAAUCGUGGUGAUCUGUGUGACUCUCAUUGCUGGGCUUGUCGGCUUACUCCUGGGAAUGCGGAAACUGGCCAAAGAUGUGAUUAAGCGCCAUCACAUGCCUAGCACUCUACAUAGCAGACCAGCCUCAGCUCCCGAGCGCCUUCUCCAUCCAGAGCCUACCCAGGGAGGACACACCCCUUUGCUUCUCUCACCCAAGGACUCCCCUACAGACACCCCGAUAACCAUCGUGCCUCCUGAAGACAGCCGAGAGCAGACUCACUUCCCCAUCACGUCUCCUGAAGACAGCCAAGAGCAGACUCACUUCUCCAUCCGUGGCACCCAGCCCCCCAGCGGCGAUCACCAUGGCGAUGACGAUGACAACAACAACCUCACUAGCCUGGAGCAGCCUGGAAGUGGCUACGAGGCCCGUCUAGGGGGCGUGGCUGACUCCGACCCGGAACCCGAGGAGGUAGUGUGUGAACGGAAACAAGACGCCGGCGAUGACGACGACGGCUACAUGCAGAGAGAGCGGUUUGGUGACGACUCCGGUGGCAGAAGGAGGUCUCUUGUUAUUGAAAUGGCACCAGGGGAUUGCGUGAGUGGUUACGAGUAGAACUGCACUGUGCUCUACUUACCUCCAGGGGGCAGAACCCUAAUGCGACUCUCACCACAUGUGGAGGUGGCUCCGAUAUUGCUCCACAUGCAUGUCUGGACCGUAACGGUAGGGACACAUAGGAGGCGAAGCGAGGCGAAGAGAGGCGAAAUUCACUGACAGCUCAACCGUCAUCAUGUCGUCGCGGCGAAUCAAAUGAAAUGGAACAGUUAUGUUGUUGAUUUGAUUGGGCCGCGGCAGGCGAAUUUGCUCCUCAUUUGCAUAACAUUAAACUUUCUUUAAUUAUUUCGCUUUGCUUCGCUCCAGUUCGCUUGCUUUCGCUUGCCUUCGCCUCUCUCACAGGAAUGAAUGGCGAAGUUUGCUUCGCUUGGCCAAAUUCGCGUCUAUGUGUCCCUACCAUAAGGCUGAUGGGAGGCACCUUCAAGGGAGUAAGAAAAACACACAGGCCAGUCGGGAGUGCUGCGGCCGUCCUCAUUUUAAUUUCAUGUGAUGUCUACGCCGUAGGAGUGACUAGUUGGCAAUGGCAACUUACAUUGAUUUCAGCUGUGUUUUUUUAUUUGCUACAUAUUCAUUCUUUAAAAGAUAAAGUUAAACAUAACAGGAUGGAAGGCAUUUAGUGGUGGAAAGAUGUUUUUGUGGAUGAGGCUCUGCAUUUCUGAAGUACAUCUCCAAUACACGGUUCUCAGAUGUGUGAGUGUGGAGCAAGGCAGCUGGCGAGAGUCAGGCUAGGGAAAGCAUUCGUCUUGGCAUCCUCCUAGAGCUGCCUUCAUCGUAAGGGCCGCACACUUAAACCUUUUUGGUUGUUUUUUUUUAAUUAUUUCAUGUAGGGAUGCACUGAUACACAUUUUUUCACUUCCGAUACCGAUAUCUAAAUUUGGAUAUCUGCCG